AUACUAGAGUAUAACUAGCAAACACCAAUGGAAUCUCAUCGCGAAAACAAUGGAACAUCACUUUUAGGGUUUGUUUACAAAACAAGAAGGCGUAGAAGAUGGAUAUGGAAGACAACCAUAGAUCACAUUCUCCUGGAAACGAUGUGGACGGAAAGAAAAGGCUGAGGUGCAGUAAUUUUUCCUCGCAGGAGAAAAAUAUUUUAAUACAUAUCAUAGAAAAACAUCAGGACAUCAUUGAAUGUAAGAAAACGGAUAAAGUCAGUGUUCAGGAACGAGAAAAGGUGUGGGAAGGCAUAGCCCAAGAAUUUAACGAAAUAGUUUUAGCCGAACCGAUAAGGACAUCUCGACAAUUGAAAAUGUGCUACGAAAAUCUAAAGAGAAGAAUUAGGAAGGAAGUGUAUGGAGAUGAACAAAAAACUGUUAAACCAAGCAUUGAUCCAAUAGUUGCAUUGAGAUCUCAAGUUCUUGUUCCAAGUGACGUUGAUUCAAAUUCAUCCACACAUCUCCAUGCACCCCAAGGCUCCAGCAGUGGACCAGCAGGACAAUUCAGAUCUGACAAUUACUCCAUGCCAAUACAUGACUAUGUGGAAACAAGCCAUCAUGAACCAAGAAGAAAGAACGCUAAUCUAGCCAAGUUACGACGAAUACUAUUGACUAAAGAAAUCAGUUUAAUUAAUAUGGACUUGGAAAUGAGAACAAAGAAAUAUGAGUUGGAAAUAAAAGUGGAAGAAGCAAAGCUUGAAUACUAUAAAAGAAAAAUUUCUAUGCUCAGUAAUACAGAAAAUGGGGAAUCGUGACUUGCUGUUGAGCAGUUAUUUGCAUAUUUUAAUGCAAAAGAUUGGCUUGGUCAUAUUCCUGUUACAGCUUUUGAGGAUUAUUGGAAGUGAAUUAGUGAGGUGUCAAAACAGAUUCUCUUUCGUUUACUGUGGCCAUAUACUAGAAAGCUGACCCAUUACAACAGUAAAGUACGCGCAAUUUUGGCUUUCAGGGAUAAGUCGUAUCAAAUAUUGAAGGUGUUCCGACAUUUUGGCAAACACUGCAUUUGUCAUCGUGGGAGCAUUCACCGUGAAGAUGGAAGCAGCAAUGUUUGCGAAAAUAGAACACCUUCAACAUACAACACAGUUUAUUGCCAAAAGCUGAAAGUAUAUAUUAAACACUGACUGCAAAAAACCAAACACGAAUGUAAUGUAUGUUUACAAAUGAGUAAUAAUGUGUUAUAGCAUUUCUUGAAGCUGUCAGCAUUUCAUUCGCAUUGCAGCUCUUUGAUUCAAUUACAAUGUAAUUAUCAGUCAAAGUAAAACUACUUUUGUAAAGAUUUAAGUUUGUGUUAUUACUAAUAGUUUCAAGUACUACCAAUCCUAUUAUGUGAUCUGUAUAGAAGAUUAGCAAAAGAGCUGUUGUAUUUUUAAUCUGAGUAAAUACAUGUUUUCCUCUUGUAA